AUGUCAAUGGACACACCCCAUCCCAUCCGGCACGACUACACAAUCGCCUGCCUCUGCCCCAUGGGCCUCGAACAAGCGCCCCUCGAGGCCCUCCUCGACGAACCCCACCCCAGCCUCCCCACCAGCCACGACAAAAACAGCUACACGCUGGGCCGCAUAGGCGCCCACAAUGUCGCCAUCGCAGCCAUGCCCGGGAUCGGGAACAACAGCGCCGCGUCGGUCGCCACGCAGCUGGUGAACGACUUUCCGGGCGUGCGGUUUGCUCUCCUCGUCGGCAUCGGCGGCGGGGUUCCAGACUUGUGCGAGGGCAUCGAUAUCCGGCUUGGGGAUGUGGUUGUUAGUAAACCGUCGGGACGAUGGGGCGGGGUGGUGCAGUUUGAUCGGGGCAAGGCACUUCCAGACAGUCACAGUCGAUUUGAGCGGACGGGGGCGCUUCAGCGGCCGCCGGAUGUGCUGCUGGGGGCGGUUGCGAGGCUGGAGGCGCGCCAUCGGCGGGUGGAGAGUGAGAUUCCGAGGUAUUUGCAGGAAAUGGUUGAACGGUAUCCGAAGAUGAAAGAGGGGGGUUAUACGUGCCAAGGCGCGGAGAAUGAUGUGCUCUUCCGGGCGGAGUUUGAGCAUGCUGGUGGGAAGGACUGCCGGGGCUGUGAUCCCGGCGAGAUCGUUGAGCGGGAGAGCAGGCUGCAUCUCAGCCCGGUGGUGCAUUAUGGGACGAUUGGAUCGUCGAAUGCGGUUAUCAAGGACGGUCGAGUGAGAGAUAUGCUCAGAGACGAGUUGGAUGUGAAGUGCGUGGAGAUGGAGGCUGCUGGGUUGAUGGAGUCGUUUCCGUGUCUGGUUAUACGGGGCAUCUGCGACUAUGCGGAUUCACAUAAGAACAAAAGAUGGCAGCCUUAUGCUGCUGCGACGGCCGCUGCAUAUGCAAAGGAGUUGCUGUCUAUUAUCCCACCUUUGGAAAGAGUGUCAGUGCCACGGGCCAGGGAGGGAAACAACCAUGCUCCGCCGCGAGGAUCUACCAAGAUACUCAUGGGAAAUACCGGGAAUUUCAUCAAUGGAUCCGUGUCUGGCGAUUUUGUCGCUGGAGACAAAGUCAAUGGGGACAAGAUACUGUGGGGUGAAAGAUGGUAA